AUGAAUUUAUUUUAUUUGAAAAGGCAAAGAAAAGAAUUUGAUGACAUACCUGACCACAAGCUAUCGAAAUCAGAGAGAUCUCAAAAGCUCUCUACAACAAACCCUUUCACAAAACAAGUUGCUUCACAUUCUUCAAUUCCAAGGAAUUUUUCAAAAUCAACUGACUUAGAAAACAGACCGCCUCCUGAAUUUUCAUUAAAAAAACAAAUCUAACUCCCCCCCCCCCCUCCGUGAGCGAACAAAAAAAUUUUUGUUCGCUCACGGAGGGGGGUUAAUUUUUUUUUUUUUAAAAAAAAAAUUAUAUAUAAAUUUUAUAAAAAAUAUUUUUUUCGAAAUUUAAAAAAAUCCUAAUUUGCAAAAAUUGGGAAGCAAAUAUUAAUUUAAUUUGCAAAAUUUAUGUUUAAAAACGCAAUUUGUUUAAAAUUAAACAGAAUUAGCUCUAGAUUUCAUUAUACUAAUUAUCACUUAUAUAUCAAAAUUUUUUUCCAUUAAAAUUUUUUCUAUUAAAAAAAUUUUUGUUCACUCACGGAGGGUGGGUUUUUGGUCAAAAAAUGGCGAUUUUUCUAAUGGUUUUGUUCGCUCUAAGUGCAUUUUUGAUAACUAUAAAACACAGUAUAACUCCGAUAAAGAAAUAAUUUUAUCAGGCAUUCAGACUGUGGAAGAAAAAUCAGAAAGUUUUGACGAUUAUUUAUCAAGGAUUUCGGAACAAGAAACAAGACUUGAAGAGAUCAGACAAGCAAAAGAAAAACUUCUGGAGACUUUGAAUAAAUAUAAUAAAGACUGAAACUUAGAAAUUGCAGAGCUCGAAAAGCAUGAAAACGAGCUAAGAUAUGCAAGAGAAGUUGAACAGAAGUCAAUAAAACUAGCUGAGGAGAGCUUGGAUAGCUUGCAGAGGAACAUGGAAAUUGAGAAAUUUGAAGUAAUUGAUAGCUAGGCCUCACAACCUGAAAAGGCAAAUGAAGAAGUUUGCAAUGAAAUCGUGAUGCUUCAGUCAAAACUGCAGGAAUUGUAUAGAUAAUGCCUUUGAGUAGCGCGCUAAGCGCCCGAGACUUCCCGACGAAGUCUGGGCGGUGGUUUGACCAGCUGAUGUUGGUCAAACCAGCAUCCAAUUUGACAAAUCUUCUAUAUGAGAAGAAUUUGUCAUUUUGGAUGUUGGUUUGACCAACAUCAGCUGGUCAAACCACUGCCCAGACUUCAUCAGGAAGUCUCGGGCGCUUAGCGCGCUACUCAAAGGCAUUGCCUAUAUAAAUUCAAAGAAAUUGUGUUUGCUGAAGCACAGAUAAAUAUUCAGCAAACUAAUGACAUUUUAGCAUUAAGAAGCACUGACGCUGCAGAAAAAGCAGAAAUUCUUCAUCAAAUUUCUAAUUUUAAUGGUUAA